GCAGGUCCAUUAAUAAGAAGGUGAGAUGCUACUAGGAAGCCUAAUGGUAUGAAAAUGGCUUCUAGCUGUGUAUUGAUUGUUCCUGACGCUUUAUAACUACGUCUAGCCCACCUGUGGCUCUUAAUAAAGUCUGGUGAAUGGCAAACACUACUGUAGAAGUAAAGGUUCCACCUCCCAGCACACUGACGUAGGGAACGAGGAAGGUAGAGCUCUCCAUGUGUGUCCCUCCUACUCUUUUUGGUGUGGACUGAUGUGAAGAGUCGUUGAUUGUGAAGGACUGGUUUCCCCCUCAAGGGCUUUCAAAGGACCAUUCCGUUUUUACUGCAAGAUCACUGAAAAACGCCUUGCUGUGCAGUGGCACCAUGUCUGGAUCACCAGCUGUCCACUGAAGAUGUGAACAACUCGACAAACCAGGUGAUAGCUGUGUGCCACGUGCUAUGACGAACAUGGACUAUCUCUUGAAUGGAACCUGGAAGAACACAACUUUUGGCGUACCUCCACCCUCUCCCUCCUCUUCCUCCUCCUCCUUCAGUGGAUUGGACCUUCUGAUGGAACUCAAGCCACUCUUUGUCCCUCUCUACGCAAUGAUAGUGCUAGUGGCCUGCUCUGGAAACCUCUUCCUCCUCUUUCUCAUCGGAAUGAACAGGAAACUCCACAGUACGACCAACUUCUUGAUCGGAAAUCUGGCCCUGGCUGACUUGGUGAUGUGCCUCUUCUGCGUGCCCCUGACCGUCUUUUAUGCCUUUGAUGAGCGUGGAUGGGUUUUCGGUCACUUCAUGUGCCGCUUUGUCACACUCAUGCAGACUGCCACUGUCUUCGCCGCAGUCUUGUCUCUGACCGCAAUCGCAGUCGACCGUUACGUUGUAGUGGCCUAUCCCAUUCGCCGCCGUGGAGGACGGCAUUUCUGCGCCGGCUUGGUGCUCAGCAUAUGGCUGUGCGCCUUAGCCAUGUCUACCCCUGCCGCCCUGCACACAGUCUAUCUGGACCUGAGCGCCACAGGUCACCACAUGGCCGUCUGCGAGGAGUUCUGGCAAGGCCAAGAGCUUGAUCGACUCAUCUACUCCUGCUUCUUCCUCAUCCUGUCCUAUUUCGUCCCUCUGGCAGCAGUGUCAAUAUCCUACUGCGCCAUCUCCCACCACCUCCGGCGCAGGGCCGCUCCUGGCCUGGUGGCCGCCAUCCCAUCCAACCAGGAGAAAUGGGGCCGCAAAAGGCGCAAGACCUUCCGCCUGCUGCUGGUGUCUGUGCUAUGCUUCGCCUUCUCCUGGCUGCCUUUGCAGGUGGUCAACCUCAUCCGUGACCUGGACACUGACUUCAUUAUCCUGAGCAAGAACCACAUCAACGUGAUCCAGGUUUCAUGCCACUUGCUGGCCAUGAGUUCAGCUUGCUUCAACCCCUUCAUCUACGCUUCCCUGCAUGACAAGUUCCUGGCCUACCUGUGUCGCCACAUGUUCCAAAGAGGGAGGCACCAUCAACCACAGAACAGCUCCACCACCUCCAGCCGCCUGCCCCGCCAGCACACCAGCACCACUCUGGCUGACAUUCCCUUGACUGUUGGCAAAAUGCUGCAAGACGGAAUCUAAAUUCUCCCAGGAGGCUGGGAAUUCAUCUGUGGAUCUGCGGAUUGCUCAUUGGCGCCAGUGUACAUGCAUAACUCUGUAAGAAGAUGAACUGUGGAUUUAAACCAUUUAGAGCCAGUGCAAGCUUUAAUGCAUCAUGUGUUCUUAGGAACGGGUGGUAGGAAAGGGCAGUAUACAAAGGGGAUAACACCAUCACCCUGCAUACGGAGGAAUGAAGCUUUUGAUUACCCAUCCAGGCAGGAAGACCACUUCUAAACCAACAAGAGUACUUGAGACUCCUAAAGAUACAUUUGCCUACUAUUUUAAGUCACUCUGGAUGUUAAACAUAUUAAAACAAUGUAAAAAUGAAAUCUACAGUUCAAAUGGUAAAAGAGGGAAAUGCAAAGCUUGUUAAAGUGAACAAAGAAAUGUUCCACAGGAAGUCAUAGUGCAUAACAGCCAUUUUUGUAAGCAUAAAAUGAGGACACACUCCUUCCUAGAGUGGUCAAGGCAGUCCGCAGUGAUACUGUCUGAAAGACAGCAAGACUUUUGAGAAAAUGUGCUGUUAAGUCUGUCAUGAUGAAAUUUUAGCUGACCAUUUCAAAAUAUUUUGCUCAUCAUAUGCAGCUAUUAAAGUACAAGCCCAAAGUGGCUAAAUUGGCUGAUUAGCUAUCUUGCUACCCAUGUCUCAAUGUUUUUUUUUGCUUUCUUUUACUUACAUGCAUUUUUCUCAACUCUAAGGAUGACAUUCUGUUUGUUGUGAUGUGAACAUAUUGUAAAAGCUAACAACUGUGGAAAAUAACUGCCAUCAGGCGUUUAUGUAAUAAUUGUGACAGGCCUAUCUACUGUAGGACUGUAGAGGAGCUAAAGCUGAAGAAGUGCUGUCUGUCUGCUUCAGGACUUCAAGUUCUUGAAAGAACAAAAUAUCUUUAUUUUCAUGCUGUUUUGAGUAAUGCAACAUGAAUAGAAUGGCUCCCAAUACUUUUUUUUAUUUUUAAAGAAAAACUAGGCUAGAAACAGGGCAUCUUCCAUCCUGCAAUCGUGUCGGACAGACUACUGACCUAUUUUACAAGAGCUGGACACAAGGGGUGCAUGUUGCAACAUGUUUGCAAUCAACAGCCACCUCCAAGUGUAUUCUCCUACAGAAAAGCUGCAGAAACAUUCUUUGAAAUGUCCAGAAAGACCAGUGUUGCACAUUGUGCAACUUAUCAUGUGGUCAGCAGUGUGUAACUAGGAAUAGUGUAGGUCUUUUAAGACUUCACCAGCCAAUG